AUGGUUCCGUUGCACCUGUCACUACUCACGGUCACGGUAUUGACGCUUUGUUGCUUGUGCGUCAUGGCGCAAAGACCAGGCCAGGUUGACCCCUUGGUGGUUCCCCGAGCGCACCCGCAGUGCUGGGAGUCGUCAUCCGCUUUGUUGUUGGAGAUGCGCUCCCCUCGCAUCGCAGAUUCAGUGCCCGCGUUCUGGGACCUCAUGGUGUUUCUCAAGGCGUCUGAUAAUAACAAACACGCAGCGCUUUUCUGGGACCUCGCGGGACUUUUCUGGGACCUGUACUUGGACUGUGUGAUGUCCCGGAGCCACGGUCUGGGCCGCAGACACGUGACUUCUGUGCACUCACUCAUUACAGACAAGAGGUUCAGCUUUGACAGCACUGGGCUGAACUCCCUCGCGUGGCUCAGUGUGCGCGUGAGACACAGAGGACGAAUCAAGACUCUGGAGUCUAACCCUCAGCCUCGUAACGGGCUCUCCCAGAAGCUCCUAACCAACUUUUACCGGUGCACCAUCGAAAGCGUUCUAACGUACUGCUGUACAUCGUGGUAUGGAGCCUGCACAGCUGCUGAAAAGAAGGACCUGCAGCGAGUGGUGAGAACAGCUGAAAAGGUGGUGGACUCCUCACUCCCGAACCUGGACACCAUCUACUCCAAACGUCUCCACACACGGGCCUCCAACAUUUUGCAGGACCCCACACACCCCGGGAACUGCCUCUUCCACACUCUCCCCUCAGGAAGACUUCAAACUCCCCUCACACGCACAAACAGGCUGCGCAACAGCUUCUAUCCACGAGCAGUGGACGUGCUAAAAGGGCACAGGCACAGAUAA